AUGUUGUUCUUUGCCUCCUUCACGAUCGUGCCAAGCAUCUUCCGCAACUCGAUUGUCAAAUGCACCCUUGAUCGAGUGUGCACAGUCAGCGAGGGAAUUAUCUUCAGCUUUACAAUUCUGCCGAUAUUCUUUGGGCUAACGGGUAACGCCUUCACGCUGGGCUCCUUCAAGGCCAUCUUUCACCGGAUUGUCACCCCAAUGAUGUUCACUGUGGCCUACAUGGUCGUACUCGUCGUCGUCACACUCUGGCUCCCGUUCAGAAGCUCGCUACUCCAGUGUUUCUUUGUCUUGUUCCUGUUUUCGAUCCUGAUACAAAUUCUCUUUGUCCUGAAGCUAUGUUUGCGCCCGGUGCCAUUCUUCUCCGCUUUCAUGAUUCUCCAGCCACUCUUUGCUGCGUAUAUUGUCUGCUUCAUCAUCAUCGUGCUCAUCUAUGGACUGGGCUAUGGCAAUUUCUUGGCCUAUGCCCACAGCUCCAACUCGAUUCUCCUGGAUUCUGUCGCUCUCGUUGGGGCACCCCUCAUUGUCAACUUUUGCGAGAUCAUCAUCUUUGUCAUCUACGAGAAGUCCUGGAGUAUGCUGGAUACCCAUCUGAGCAAGGUCACAGACCCCUGCCAACAGUUCCGGCUGCGGCAUGGCCGCGAUCCAUCGAAGGAGGAGCUGGGCGACUACAAGGUCGUCGCCCUCGACCACCGGUUCUUUUGGAAGACAUCCAACAUCGUUUCGCUUUAUGCCUUUGUUGCGGCCGGGAUACAGGGAGUGGCCUUUGUGUUGUUGAUUGCCUCCAUGGACAACUCGCCGUUCGCAUUCAUCAUGAACAUGGCUUUGACAGUCAUUCUCGACGUGUUAGCAAGAACAAAUGCAACCUUGGUUCUCAUGCGCCCGUUCAAACGAUUCCUUCCUCGCUCCAUAUGCGAAGAGUCGGUCAUGCGCGCAAUGUAUAUGGGGACCAAGAUUGUUUCGGACUACUACUGCCUUGCUCAACUCGCUCUGAUGAAUGCCGCAAACUACUCGCUAUACUAUACGGUGUUCGAUUGCGGCGCUGGAUAUAACCUCUGCGGCUAUUUCAAGCCUCAGCUCUGGCAAUGGGUUGGCUUGGCUCUGAUGAACAUCGUUGCCACGAUUCUCACCGACAUGAUCGGCAAGCAACUGGGCGGAUCCCCGGGAUACCUGUACAUCUACUCACCACCGUGUAUGGCCUUCUGGAGACACUUUGCGUCCUUUGCGUUCUCGGGCGGCGGCAUUCUUGUUGGCGGCAUCCUCAUGAUCCCGUGGAGCGGCGCUCAAGGAUGAAGUCUCAUUGGAAGCUGCGAUGGGGGGGGAGGCAGGCAGGCAUAGCGGCUAUCCAGCGCCGGACACAUUGAUUGACGACAACGCUUGGAUUGUGGAAGCGAUCCGCUCAUGGGGAAGCCAUGUCUCG